AGGGAGGCUUUAGAAGGGAGCGCACUUCCGGUGCCCUUUCUCCCGCGAGCUGCACGGCCGAACCCUCGUGUGAAGAGUGAGAUCCCUAAACUGGAGUGGUGUAGAGGCGGGCCGGCACCCCGUCCUGCCCUCUGGUGCGGCCGGCCUCAGGAUCAGCCAUGGCCCAGAACUUGAAGGACUUAGCGGGACGGCUGCCCGCCGGGCCCCGGGGCAUGGGCACGGCGCUGAAACUGCUCCUGGGGGCGGGCGCCGUGGCCUACGGCGUCCGCGAAUCCGUGUUCACCGUGGAAGGCGGGCACAGAGCCAUCUUCUUUAAUCGGAUCGGUGGCGUGCAGCAGGACACCAUCCUGGCCGAGGGCCUUCACUUCAGGAUCCCCUGGUUCCAGUACCCCAUUAUCUAUGACAUUCGGGCCAGACCCCGAAAAAUCUCCUCCCCCACAGGCUCCAAAGACCUGCAGAUGGUGAACAUCUCCCUGCGAGUGCUGUCUCGACCCAAUGCCCAGGAGCUUCCCAGCAUGUACCAGCGCCUAGGGCUAGACUACGAGGAGCGAGUGUUGCCGUCCAUUGUCAACGAAGUGCUCAAGAGUGUGGUGGCCAAGUUCAAUGCCUCACAGCUGAUCACCCAGCGUGCCCAGGUAUCCCUGUUGAUCCGACGGGAGCUGACAGAGAGGGCCAAGGACUUCAGCCUUAUCCUGGAUGAUGUAGCCAUCACCGAGCUAAGCUUUAGCCGAGAGUACACAGCUGCUGUAGAAGCCAAACAAGUGGCCCAGCAGGAGGCCCAGCGGGCCCAGUUCUUGGUGGAAAAAGCAAAGCAAGAACAGCGGCAGAAGAUCGUGCAGGCCGAGGGAGAGGCUGAGGCCGCCAAAAUGCUUGGAGAAGCACUGAGCAAGAACCCUGGCUACAUCAAACUUCGUAAGAUCCGGGCAGCCCAGAACAUCUCCAAGACGAUUGCCACAUCACAGAAUCGUAUCUUUCUCACUGCUGACAACCUUGUGCUGAACCUACAGGAUGAAAGUUUCACCCGGUGAGAGAUGUGACAGCACAGUUGGGUGUCACA